AUGGCUGGUUGUAAUGGCACAGGUGUGGAGGAAUUCCUUCUGGUAGGGCUGACUGAGAAUCCUGACUUGCAGAUCCCUCUCUUUGUUCUCUUCACUCUGAUUUAUCUCAUUACCUUAGUAGGUAACUGGGGAAUGAUUGCCUUGAUUUGGUUAAAUGCCCAGCUUCACACCCCAAUGUACUUCUUUUUGAGUAACCUCUCGUUUUGUGAUAUCUGUUACUCUACUGUAUUUGCUCCUAAGAUGCUAGUACAUUUCUUAUCAAAACACAAAUCCAGCACAUUUGUUGGCUGUGUCCUACAGAGUUUCUUUUUUGCAGUGUAUGUGACCACUGAAGGCAUUCUCCUGUCCAUGAUGGCGUAUGACCAUUAUGUGGCCAUAGCAAAUCCUUUGUUGUACACCACCAUUAUGACCCAGAGCGUCUGUAUUCAGAUGGUCCUGGCCUCUUACUUGGGUGGGCUUAUUAAUUCCCUGACACACACAAUUGGUUUGCUCAGACUUGACUUCUGUGGUCCUAAUGUUGUGAACCAUUACUUCUGCGACAUCCCUCCUCUUCUGAGACUGUCCUGCUCUGAUGCUCACACCAAUGAGACGCUGCUUUUGAUCUUCUCUGGGGUCAUCGCCAUGUUCACUUUCAUGGUCAUCAUGGUCUCCUAUACUCGCAUCCUCAUUGCCAUCCAGAGAAUUCGCUCUACUGAGGGGAGGAGGAAAGCCUUUUCCACCUGCGCCUCUCACCUGACGGCAGUGACCCUGUUCUAUGGGUCUGUGACCUUCAGUUACAUCCAGCCAAGCUCUCAGUAUUCACUGGAACAGGAAAAGGUAUCUGCUGUGUUUUAUACACUGGUCAUCCCCAUGCUAAACCCACUGAUUUACAGCCUGAGGAAUAAAGAUGUGAAAGAUGCAGCAAAAAGAUCAAUUCCGUGGAAGAGAAGACCUACUUGA